CUCCAUUUCCUUUACACAUUUUUCAAGUCAUGGCCAAAGAUGGCCGUAGAAGGCAUGCAAAGCAUGUACAACAGAAACCAUUAGGAAGUGUAUCUCGCGACAAGGUGCGCCAUCCUAACCAGCCACAGUAAGGAUGCCUUGGACAACUCGCACCAUAAACGAUUCAUAAUUGAAAGGUUGCAACAAGGAGAGCUUAAACUUUCUUUGACAUAUUGACAGGAUUUUGUCUCUUGAAAGAACAAAUACAGGGCGGAAAAUGCACGCAGCGAGCACCAAUGCUUCGCAGUCGGCGGAGAGGUACUCAGCGUCCCUGGGAGGCGUGAAUCAGAACAUAUCUCGAACAAAGCAUCGCUCGUUGUUCCUGCCACCACCAAAACUCUACAAAAAUAUCUCCGUCAAAUCGCCUAUUAAAAAGAAAUUGGCCCAACAAUCGCCCGAGGCUCGCUCACACAUCUCCUUGAGCGAUUUAGCUCUUUUAAGCUCGCCUGCUGCCUCGACGGUGUCAACAGAAUCUAUCCCAUCUUCGCCAACUGUCUUACAACAUGAUAGUCUACUAGACCAAUAUUCUUUUCAUCAUGAUCUCUCGGAUUCGGAGCCAGUCAAGAUUUUCUUACGUAUAAGGUCCAUUGAGAGCAAAGGCCACGAAAGCUAUGUAAAAGUUCUGAACAAAAGCGAUGUACUCUUGUCACCUUCACCUCAUGUCCGUUUCAAGGAGCCAUCGAAAUAUGAGUUUUUUCGGGCAUUUGAGCCCACAGCAAUCCAAGCUGAAGUCUUUGAAGAGGUAUGCUUCCCACUCAUAGCAUCAGUACUCCUAGAAAGCAAUUUCAGCGCACUCCUGUUUGGUUACGGAGGCAGGAACUCGGGGAAGGCCCAUACCAUGAUCGGAUCAAACCAUCCCGGCAAGGCUGGUAUCCUACCAAGAGCUCUUGCUGUCAUCUUUCGCUCUAUUGGACAAUGUGUUGAAAGUUCUGAUGAGGCCGACCAGUACCGUCCGGUUGGAUACCAAGGAGUAGAGAUGAUUGAAGAGAGAGGACAAGGUGUCCAAAAAUCUCUAGAUGGUAUCAAAUCACAGUUCAAGAAACACCGCAACUCCGCCAAAAAACUCGGCUUCAAGUUAAGGGAUCUACCAAAAGUAGAUAAAACUGAUACUGAAGACCAUAUUGUUGAUCUCCCGAACGGAAUGGCUUAUGCAGUUUGGAUCUCAUAUGCUGAGUUAUACAUGGACAAGAUUUAUGAUCUUCUAGGAGAGGCGGCGGCAUCAAAUGGAACUGUGCCCAGUUCGAUUAAUUCCCAAAAACCCGCACUGGACUUGAGAACAGAUAUCACAGGACAGAAGUACAUACAUGGACUCAAAGAAAUCCGGGUUCGAACUUUAGAUGAGGCAUUAUUAGUUCUUCAAACUGGGCUCGCACAACGACACGUUUCUGUAGCACUCAGUAAAACGCCAUCUCGAAGUCACUUUGUGUUUACAAUCAAGGUUCUCAAAACCCCGCAGCUCGGCAACAGUGCGGCAGAAACUGCUGCUAUAGGGAAGACAUCAGUAUCUCGUUUGUCAAUCGUGGACUUGGCUGGUUCGGAACGUUUACAUUCGGCCAGCAGUAAUCUGCAAAAGCAGCGGGAAAUUGUCAAUAUCAAUAGUAGCCUGAUGCACCUUCGCCAGUGUUUGGAGGUAUUCAAAACAAAUCUGCAACCAAAAGUAAAGAGUCGUCAACCCGUACCUUAUAAGCAAAGCAAACUAACCCAGACCUUUCAAGCUGCUCUUAACGAAAAAUCAAACAGAACAAAGAUCAGCGUAGUUGUAAAUGUCAAUCCUCGUCAUGAUAAUUAUGAGGAAACCAGAAGCACCUUGCGUUUCUCGAUGGCACCGGAAUCUCGUCUAAAUGUUCACAGGACCGAAGAGCAUACAGGUCACCAUAAGAUAACAAGUCCAGACUCUCAUCCUCAUUCCUCAACGCAUACUUCAGCGAAGCAACAGAGGCGGGAAAAAUCGCCUUUGAAGGCUCUGAAGGAAAACCCUGCUAGUCCGUCCAUUACUCAUUGUUCUGAGUAUAAAUCAUCAAUUAGUUUGCUUCCAACGCUUCAAUCUGACCAGAGCAUCGUUAUACAAACUAUUCAAACCCCGUGUACGCCGCCACGCAAAAGAGCAAGAAGAUUUUUAAGAGAUGAUUCAAUGACGGGAUUGCAAAUCGAUGGUGAUGGCAAUAACCAUGAAUGUUGGCAGGAUGGUCAUGGCAUAGGCAUUCAAGCUCAAGGUAUUCGGGAUCCACUAGAAGUUGAAAGUAUUAGUCCAAGUAGCUUUCUACAAGAUGGUCACAUGCAGAUUGAAGAGUACACUAUGCCCGAGAUACUGGAUGAUAUGGAUGAUAGCGACGAUCUUGGUCUCGUAUCUGUGUCAAGUACUCAGGCUGAAUCAUUUUUGUCGUCCUUACACUCAUCAUCAGUAACAAAUAGCAAUCCUGAGGAGAGCUACCCUGACAUAGUCAAGGAUCACCCUAUGAAUGAUGAUUUUAUCGAUACUAUUUCUGUGGAUGUUUCGUCUCCUUACCCUGUUUGUUCCAAGUUCUUGUCACCAUCAUCAGUAGAUGAGUAUCAAAACUCAAUGGAUACAUCAGGAAUGCUUCACGGAGCGACGUGUGACCAAUACAUGGCAUCCAUUGAUGAUGGGUUGGACAACCAUGAUAUGAAUCAUCAAGGUGACAUUGAGGUAACGAUCGAGGCCAGGGAUGACGAUGAGGACAAAGAUGAAGCUUUGAUCCAGUAUGACCGAGGUCAGACUCUUUUGGCUGAAGAACUAGUUAUCAAUACGAGUACUAAUCUAGACGAAAAGGUUGCUGGGAAUGAUGCGAUGGAGGUAACAGCCAAAAAGCCAAAGAGGCGAUUGCGGAUCAAGAAUGCUGUAAUGCUAGAAGAAAUGGAAGAGUCCAUUGGAAUAAUGCCACAGUCGAGAUCCACGCGUUCCAAAAAGCGAGCUUAUAGAGUGCGUUGAAAGGCAGAGAAGGAACAAAAGGUGUUUUUGGCUCCCACCGCACAAAUGACGCAUUUGUAACACUACCUUAUUAUUGUAAUGAGGAC